AUGAAAAGAUGCAAUCCUUUCACCUUCGGGUACUUUAAUGAAAGACCAAACGUUGAAGAACAAGAAAGUUCAAAGGAAGCACCUACAGCAUUACAUAUUGUUGUGUAUAAAAAUAGAUUUGAUUUUAUUGAUUAUAUUGUUCAUUCAUUAGAAUUUGAUGUAAAUUGUAUUGAUGAAAAGGGAAAUACACCUCUGCAUCUUGCUUGUGCCUUUGGAUUUUUGGAGUCUGUUCAGAAAUUAAUAGAACUAGGAGCUGAGCCAAUGGUGUAUAACAAAAAAGGAAUUAUUCCUCUCUUUAGUGCUUUAAGAAACAACCACCUUUCAGUUGUUAAUUAUUUAAUUGAGCACUGUAGAAGAGAAAUGUUAGCAGCAAUAGAUUUACGAGGAUAUUCUGUUCUUCAUUACGCAGUAUUUAUUAAUAGUUCAGAAUUUUUAGAUAAAUUAAAUAAUUUCUGGUGUAUUACUGAUUUAGUAAAUAACAAUUGUAAUGAUGGAAUAUCAACUCCUCUUCACAUAGCCUCUAGAUAUGGUACAAAUGAGUCACUUCAAUGGUUAUUGAAACAUGACGCUAAUACAAAAAUUGAGAAUGAGAUGGGUGAAAUCCCACUUAUUGUUGCAAUAAAACAUAAACAAAUUAGCACAAUUAACAUUCUUCUUCCAUUAUCACCUCUCAAUGUUCCUGAUAAUUAUGGUCAAUUACCUAUUCAUCAUGCAGCGUCAAUUGGGCACUUAUCGUUAAUUAAAAAACUUAUUGAAUUAGAUAAUGAUUCUUUAAAUAAGAGUGAUACUAAUGGCAAUUAUCCAUUCCAUUGUGCUCUCAAAUCAAAUGACAUCAAUACCAUUGAUUACUUUUAUCCUAAUAAACAAUACUUUUCUAAAUCAAAUUCGUAUGGAAUGACCCCUUUAACAUUAGCAAUUGCAUGUGGAAGUACAAAAUCAUUAAAAUAUUUACUUGCAAAAGGAGCUUCUCUACAAACUCAAACUCUUUCUGGAACAACCCCAUUACUUUGUGCUGUAGCUCAUGGAAAAUUAGAAAUAGCCCAACAAUUGUUUAACAUUGAUCCAAGUUUUAUUAACGAUAGAGACUAUAACGGAAAUACCGUUUUUCAUUAUGCUGUUCAAAACUCUAAUUUUCGUGUGGUUAAAUGGUUAUAUUCACUUGUAGGUCAAUUAUUUAAUCAACCAAAUAAUGUUGGAGAAACACCUUUACAUAUUGCAUGUUUGACUAAAAAAUUAAAAAUGGUAGUUUUGUUAAUAGAACAUUGCCAUCAUCCACUCGUUUGUUUUACAACUACACAAAGAAGCCCUGUCCAUUAUGCUGUUUUAGGUGGUAAUUAUGAUAUAGUGAAAUACUUACUUAAAAAAGCACCAGCAAUGACUUGCCAACCAGAUAAGAAUAAACUCAAUUUCCUUCAUUAUUGCUGUAAUAAAAGUUUCAUUUAUUUACUUCCAUUAAUUUUGAAAAAAUUCCCCUUGUUAAUGAACUAUCAAGAUGGAUGUGGUAGAACACCCUUGCAUAUUGCUGUUAUCAAAAACGACGCACUAGCAGUUUCAACUCUUGUUGAAAGUGGUUGUGAUUGUAUGAUCAAAGAUAUACGAGGAUUGACACCUGCUGAAAGUGCAAUUAAUAGAGGAUAUAUACAUUGUUAUAACAUCAUUCAAAAAAUUCCAAAAGAACGUUGGACAACAAUUAAGAAAGUGGAAGUAACAAGACAGCCAAAUAAAUUUGAUAAUGGAAAAAUACUUUCAUUAGUUAUAGGAAUGCACAUCAAUGUUGUUUGGAUUCAUAGAAGUGGAUGGGCAAUUGGUAUUGAUGAAAGAGGAAAUACAGGACUAUUUUCUUUAGACAAUUGCAAAACUAUUGAAUUAAAUCCUAUUGAAAGACAACAAGUAGAAGCAAUUUUAAAAAAGAAGAAAUUUGUCAGAAAAGACUUUGAAAAGAAAAAUAGAAGUCAAUCCGUAGCAAUUUCAGACAAUAUCCUUGAAUUUGAUGAAGUGUUAACCCAAAAAUUUAAGAGUCUUUGUGAAGGAAAGCUUUUCUUUUGUGAUUUCCCUGAACUUGCUGUUGAUGAUGAAAUUUUAAAUGAAAAACUCGUCAAAUACAAUAAUGAAUGGAAUGCCAAAAAAAGAAUGGAAAUAUUUGAAACUAUCGUUGGUCAUGUAGGAAAACACGUAAAAAUGAUAGGACCAUUUUAUUGUAAUUUUGGAAGAUACAUCAGCAUUGGUGAUAAUUGUAUUAUUAAUUUUAAUUGUACUAUUCUUGAAGGAGGACCUGUUACCAUUGGAAAUAGAGUUCUUAUUGGUCCAAAUUGUAAUUUAAUUGGUAUCUCUCAUACUACUUGUGAAAAAAUAAGAAAUUAUGGUGCUUGCACUGCUUUAGGAAAACCAAUUGUCAUUAAAGAUGGUGCAUGGCUUGGGGCUGGAGUUAUUGUACUUCCAGGUGUAACUAUUGGAGAGAAUGCAGUAAUUGGUGCAGGAAGUGUUGUUACUCAUGAUAUUCCAGACAAUAUGAUUGCAGUUGGAAGUCCAGCAAGACCAAUAAGAAGAGUGUCUGAAUAUCCAGACUGGACACCAGACCAAAGAGAUAUACCACUUAAUUAA